AUGGGAGGCGCCAUGAGGCAGCUGCUUAGCUUUCUGGGAGCGAUCAAUGGCCGCCCCAGGGAGAAGAAGAAGAAGAUGACGCUGCAGAGGCGCCUGGUGCAGACGGUGGAGCUGAGGGUCAGGAUGGACUGCGAGCGCUGCGAGCGCGAGGUCAAGAAAGCGCUCUCUGGCAUGCGAGGAGUGCAGCAUGUGGAGGUGAACAGGCUGCAGCAGAAGGUGACGGUCACUGGCGAGGUGGACCCGGUCGCGGUGCUGCGGAGGGCCCAGUCCACGGGGAAGAAGGCGGAGCCGUGGCCCGGGCCGGGGCCCCAGAACACUGCCGCCGGCUACUACGCCCCGUCGGCCGCGGCCCUCUACGGCAUUGGGGCGGCCCAGCUGCAGGCCCAAGUCGGCAGGUGGGCCAACCCAGCUGGCUACUACUACUACCCGUACCAGGUCCCGGUGAUGGAGGCGGCCAUCGGCGCCGAGCAGAUCACCAGCCUGUUCAGCGACGACAACCCCAACGCCUGCUCCGUCAUGUGA